CUUAACUCAUGGGACUGGUACCUGGGUUGAUUGAAUAGCUGGGAGUAUUGAAAGCUUUUAUAGGCUAGUUCUUGGAGUGAUUAAUAUAGGUCAUCCAUGAAUGUAGUUUCGUUUUAAAUGGCUGAAGGGGGGUGUUGGGAGCUUUAAAAGUUCUAGUUCUUUGAGUGACCAAACUGUGGAAGUUGGAGUUAUUGUCUAUAUUAAAGAUCCAUAGCAUUCUAGUCCUUCAACUGUAUAUAGACUCACCACAUUUAAUGAACCUAUUCUAACUCCUCUCACCGCCUCUCAUUAAACGAAAACUUGGCUUUUCGACUUUUGGCUUGGCUUACCUUAUAUCAGUUAUAUGUACUAGUAUGUUCUCUCAUGUCUCCAAAAUCACAUUGAUAUCACUAACGUUGGGGGUACCGGCCUAUUAUUGCGUACUUUGGGAGGCAUCAAAAUCAGGUAUCGCAGUUUAGUAAAAGCAUGAGGCUGAGUGUUUGACCUGGAUGAAAAGGAGCUUACUUUCAAGUUGGUUUGGAUUUCACGUCCUUGGCUUUAAGGGCAGGCUUGGAGCUGUGUAUAGUAAUUGAAGAAGAGCCAACUUAAUUAGAAGCAUGUACGUCAUGCAUAGGUGGGCUUGGAGCUAUGUAAUUGAACAAGAGCCAACUUAUUAGUCCUACAUUCAAAGUUUGCUCCUAUUAGAUUCUCGCUUGCAGAUAUAGUUGAACACAGCCUAUAUAACCACAAAAAACAUUUACACAAUUUCAUCACUCUUUCUAAGAGAGAGAGAGAGAGAUCUUUGAAUUGCAGCUAUGGUUUCUUUGCAACCACCCCUUUCUCCAGAUCGAAGAAAGGAAAUCCCAGAGUUUGAGAAUUCAUCAAAGAAGAGAAAGUUGGAAGAGUCACAAACAGAACAAAUUUUUGAGAAGAGAUCAAAAGCUGAAGGCACAAAGUCUAUAUUUGAUAUCGAGCAACACCUAGAGACUCCAUUACCUUCGGAGUGGCAACGAUGCCUUGAUGUUCAGUCAGGUCAGAUACACUUUUACAAUUCGAGGACCCAUAAGAGAACAUCAAAAGAUCCAAGGAAGAGUCCUGAACCAGCGAGUCCUGAUGAUCAUAUGAGCUUAGACCUCAGGCUGAACCUACCAUGCAGGUCACUCAGAAAGAGCCAUGUGGAAGACAAUUUCACCAAGCAUAGUUCAGGUAGUCCUGCACUUGGUUCAGGUGAUCUAUUCGUGGAAUCCAGCACACCAAAGAAAAAAUUGGGAGGGUUAACAAGUUGUCCAUCGUGGUUGGCAUUUGAAGGGGAUCACCAAGAGAUGGUAGCAACUGUGUGCACAAAGUGUCACAUGUUGGUCAUGCUUUGCAAGUCCUCUCCUGCAUGCCCUAACUGCAAAUUCAUGCACCCACCAGAUCAUAGCCCUCCGACCCUAUUCAAGAGAAGGUGUACCCUCUUGUUCUAGUUGAAAAACUAAGCCUAGUUUACCUUAGGAUUUGGCAUCCGCUCCAAACUUAUGUUACAACUACAUAUUUGUCUUUAAAAGCAAAUUGAAGUAUCUUGUUAGGCUUUAGUUUUUCCACCUCUAGGAAAAAGAAAUGACUGCUCCAAAUGAGGAGAGACUGAGAGGGUAUAACUAAUAUAAAUAGUGCAUAUAUACCAAGUGUUUUAUCCUCCUAAA